CCUUUCCCAGUCUGCCCCUCCGAUUGGCUAAGACGGGGGCUUAAGGGGCGUGGCCUGGCGGGGCGAGCCCAGAGGAGGCCGAGGCGAGAGCAGCGGCGGUGGCAGCUGGUGGAGGAGGCCUGACUCUCUUCCUGGGCAGCUACCAAGCCUGGAAUGGGUAAUGGACGGGUGGCGGAAGUGGGUUUGACACGGACAGAGGCGGAGCCCAGCUGCCACGGACACGGUUUGCCAGAGGUGACUGAGGACAAGAGGACUGUGCUCAACUCCCUGUUGUCUGGGGCGCUUGCUGGCGCGGUGGCCAAAACGUCUGUGGCUCCGUUAGACAGAACAAAAAUCAUGUUCCAAGUGUCAUCAACUAGGUUUUCUGCCAAGGAGGCUUACCGGGUGAUCUACCGCACCUACCUCAAUGAAGGCUUCUUCAGCCUGUGGCGUGGGAACUCCGCCACCAUGGUCCGGGUGAUCCCCUACGCCGCCAUCCAGUUCUGCGCACAUGAGGAGUACAAACAGCUCCUGGGCAGCUACUACGGCUUCCAGGGAAAGGCCUUGACGCCGCUGCCCCGGUUCCUCGCUGGCUCUCUCGCUGGCACGACAGCAGCCAUGUUGACAUACCCUCUGGACUUAGUCCGUGCGCGGAUGGCCGUGACGCCCAAGGAGAUGUACAGCAACAUUAUCCACGUCUUUAUCCGGAUAUCCCGAGAGGAAGGGCUGAAGACGCUGUACAGAGGCUUCGCGCCCACGAUCCUGGGAGUUAUCCCGUACGCCGGGCUGAGCUUCUUCACAUACGAGACACUGAAGAAAGUGCACGCAGAUCACAGCGGGAGAUUGCAGCCAUACCCCGUGGAGCGACUCAUUUUCGGAGCCUGCGCCGGCCUGAUCGGCCAAUCGGCCUCCUACCCACUGGACGUGGUGCGUCGGCGAAUGCAGACGGCGGGGGUGACGGGGCACACCUACACUUCCAUCUUCCGCACCAUGUCGGAGAUCAUUCGGGAGGAGGGACUCGUCCGAGGCUUGUACAAAGGCCUCAGCAUGAACUGGGUCAAGGGGCCCGUCGCCGUGGGGAUCAGCUUCACGACCUUCGACCUGACGCAGAUCCUCCUCCGCCGAUUGCAGGGCAGCAGCGUGGAUGUGGAGAGGUAGUGGCCGGCAUCACUCAAGCUACCUGCAGACGGGAGAGCGAUAACAGCUAGCAAAGAGAAUCUUCCGUUUAUAUCCCCGCCCCACAUGCAUACCUACACACACACGGGCAUACCCAGGCAACGUUCCGAGUGACCCAGAAGAUUGAUUCAGGCAAGACCCGUACGUCUAGCUGUGUCUGGGUGUUCUGCAUUUCUACGCGACGGGUUGGGUUAGCAAAGGAACGUCUUCGUGGCUCUUGCCAGGAAGUGGCAGAGAUUAAUCCCCGCCCCCCGCUGCUGAAGACAGACUGACCUUUCCUGGCUCUCUCGAAAAUCCAGAGGCGGCUGCUCUUACUUUCUAGCCACUUCUCAAUCACGCCACAGUGUUUUUGACCGCACCUUGCCAAAUCGCAGUUGCUUUGCCGUCGGUUCGGUUUCAAGACCUGCCUCUCCAGAAUUUGAAAGGUGUGUGGUUCUGCCUCUUGCGUGUUCCGGUGUCUGUUUUUUUUCUUUUCUUUUCUUUUUUUAGCAAUCAGUUCUGUUUCCAAAGCUGGAGGAUUAACUGGAUGGAAGCCUGUAACAAUUCCGUAUCGCGUGCAAAUCCGCCCUUCGCCUCCUCGGAGGGACGCCAAAUCUCGACUUUUCUGUUCUCGCAAUCCAGGAGGCUCCUGGUUUUGAAACUGGAUUUGAAAUUAAGUAGCGUUUACGUUUUUCAGAGCAGUGGUUUUUUUAAAAAUAUAUAUAUAUUAUUUUUGAAA